AUGAGUUUCUUCAACAUAUUCAGUUCAUCCUUGAAUACAGCUGCAACUAUACCCCAGUAUAAACAAGGAAAAAACCAGGAUUCCAUAGACUUACAACUCAAAUCAUUAUUAUAUGUUUUUAAAAGAUUAAGAAUCAAUAAGUUGAGUUCUUUCUUAGCCAAAGACUAUAGUUUGAAGUAUAUCGAUGAGGGAAUCUCAUUCUUGAAUGAGAUAGAUGAAGGUGAUACUGAAAGUGGUGAAGAAAGUGAGGCAUAUUAUCAAAAGUUGGAUCAAUUAUAUAACAUUGAUGAAUUUAAAUCGAUUUUAAUUGAAGAUGAAUAUAGAGUCAUGGUCGAUUAUAUCAAGAAUAAAUUCCGAAGUUAUUGUCUUGUAUCGAAUUAUCCCAGUUCGAAUUUCUCUCGACCCAGUUCUCCCGUGAAAGGUUCAACCAAUAAUCAAAAUAAUGAAUAUGAUGAUGAGUAUUAUCCAUCAUUUAAAGAUGCCAAGGAUCGGAAAACAAAAGGGUUCAGAUUCAUAUUAUUACCAAUCCGUGAUAUAUCUGUGGAAUUCAUCGCUAAUACAUUAUCGAUGUCAGAUAUUUAUCUGGAACAUUUCCAUUCGUUUCUUGAUUUUAAUAAACGUUAUCAAUAUGCCAUGGAAGCAAUUCAUAGAGUUAUAGACGAUUCUCGAUACCAAGAUAAAAUCAAAUCAAUUGAUAUUUCUGAAGAUGAAAAAGCGGCUAUAAUCCAGCAUUAUUUACAUACUGCUGCUUUUAAUAUCCAAUUAAAUCGUAUUUAUGAUGAGUAUUUAAAGAAAUUUCCUAUUGUGAAAUCAGCCAUCCCAACUACUUCCACCACUCCAAUUUCGAGUCCAAUCAAAUUAAGAACUACUGCUAAACCCUUGGUCAGUAUUUCCUUAAACACAUCUCCUUCAAAACAACAGCCACCUAAAGUACUAAGUAAAAGACCUUCGAUUGCAGAUUUAAGAAUCUCAUCUCCUUCAAAACAGGCUCUGCCUCAGAAACUGUUAAGAGUAAAACCAUCGAUAUCGAAAUUACGUCUCGAUGAGAUGAACAACAAUACAAAUAUUCAUAAUCAUUUCCUUGAGUCAAAUCUUUCGUCAUCAAAAUCAGAUAUAAGUAGUACUAUUUCUGAUACUGAUGACGAAAAUGAAUCACCACCUUCAUCCAUAACUCAUAAAUCAAAUCAAAGUAAGUCAACCACUGAAUUUAGAAUGGAUGUUUAUGAGAAAUGUAAAUUGGCUAUAAUAGAUAAGUUAAAUACUGAACGAAGUAAAUUGGUUGUAUAG